GCCUGUAGGCCUGUAGGCUGUAAAUUUCUCAAAGCCGAUGAAACUUGAAGAGAGCGAGAGCAAGAGCAAGAGCAAGAGACAGAGAUCGGUUAAUUUGUCAAAAAUGUGGGCAAAGCUCAACCAAUCUAUGCAAGAGGGUAAUGAGGAGGGAGGAGAGGGCUUCUUGGAUGAAGAAUCUGACGGCUUUUGUGCUCUCUCUGCUACUCAGCUUGUUUGUUGGCUGGUCUGGUUUGUAUGUUCCUGCACAGCCUUCCUCUUUGGCCCUGCACAACAAAUGAGAAUGAUGUUUGAUUCUGUCCGAGUGUAUGCAACAGCUAUUUACCUUGGAUGUGUUGUUAUAGCACUCAUCUGUGCUCUCUGGAUCCAUAGCAAGAUUUUAACAAUAAUUGCAAUCAUAUGUGAGGUCUGCGCCCUUAUUUGGUACAGUUUGAGUUACAUUCCUUUUGCUCGAAGAAUUGUUUCGGAUUUGAUGAUUCGUUUAUUCGACACUGAGCUUUAGAUGAUGCAAUUAUAAACAGUUCAGGGUUAAGAGUCUUGAAAUUUUAUGAUCCGGGUUCGAUCUCUUUUCCAUAAUUGGUUCAGUUUUCUGUUGGCAUAACAGUUACGGGAGUUGGGUUUAUUGGGCUUGUGAUUGUUUUAAACCUUAUGAGAACAAGUAAUUGUAUAUUCCUUGGUUUCAUAUUCCAAUUUCAACUUCUUUUCUCGUUGA